UUGAAGUGUUUUUGCCUCUAGGUUUUUUGGGCAACCAAACCCUUAUUUUUGGUUCUGCAAUCCCAAAACCCAAAACCCUGAUUGUAAACCGGAGAAAUUAGAGGUUUUGGGAGAAAGAUUGCAUCUUUAGGAGAGAGAAAGUAUGGCAAAAAGGGAGAUGUCGGCUACUUUGAAGAACUUGAAGUUUAUGCAAAGGGGAGCUCAGAAAGAGGAGAAACCUAAGAAGGAAGUGGAAGAAACCAAGCCGGAUGGGAAAUUUAAUUUCCCUAGUAAUGUUAGUAGAAAAUGUGUGGUCAUUAUGGAAGGAGACCCCCAUCCAGGGACUGUAAGAGGUCGCAUGUCAUUUCAGAACUUCAAUCCAACUAUUGAUAAACUGAAAGAUGAAGCGGCUAAUGGUCAUGAAGCAGAAGCAUCAACAUCGUCAAGUUUUCAAACAGGAAGAAAUAUGGACAGGGAAAAUGAUACAUCAGAUCGUACUGAGAUGAAUAAGGGCACCAUUGAUGCUGAUGAAGAACUAAAACGGAAACAGCCUGAGACAUUGUCAAAGAAAAACAAGCCCAAGAAGUUGCAGAAAGAUGGUCAAGGGAACAAGCAGCCUUCUCCAAGUGAGAACAGUUUUCACAAGCAAUCAAAGCGAGAUAAACUAGACUACAAUGUACUGGUGCCCCCAAAGUCUCAAAGCAAGAGAAGGGGAGGUUAGUCAGGUCGUAAUCAAAGUGAGAUAAACUGGACUACAAAGUACUGGUGCCCCCAAGUCUCAAAGCAAGAGAAGGGGAGGUUAGUCAGCUCAUUUUUACGGAUUGACAUUUAGAAUGAUGUCACAUCUCUUUUAUUUGACUUAGAAAAGUUUGUUCACUUUGUUGUUAUCCACCACCUUGUAUACUUAUCAGUUAGUUUGUCAAGGAAACUUUUUAUUGGAUGAUACAUAAAAAGCAUUUUCCUUGUCCAAAAAUUUGUGAUUUAUUAUUUAUGCCCUUCUUGCAACUCUGCAAGAAUCAAUUGACAUUGCUGAUAUUCAGUGAAAUUUUCAGUUGUAUAAUCUGAAGAGUCUAAACUUCAACUAUGUUGCAGUUUAUGCCAAUUUGAGAAUGUGUUGUGCUUGUUUUGUUCA